CCCCCGCGCCCCCCUCCUCCCUCCUCCUCCCCCCUCGGCUUCAAAACAAACCGUCACCAAAAUGGUGCAGAGGUGAAGGAGGGAGCGGGAGGAAGGGGAAGAGGUGGCGGCUCGGCCUGGGCGCUGCGGGGACAGUUGGAUUGAGGAGCGGUGGCUGCAGCUCAUCCCUGCCAGGAGCAGAAGAUGCAGGAGGCUGCAUAGCAGGUUUCUGAGCAGCUGCUGACGUCUCAUCCCCGCUGGAUCAGGCUGUGCAGGACGGUACCAUGAACUGAGCACGGAGCCGCGCCAAAAUAUUUUUUUUUUUUGUUUUGGCUUUUUUUUUUUUUUUUGGGUUUGUUUUCUGCCUGAGAGCAAAGCCCCCCAGGCUCUUGGAUGCAAGCAUCCUAAAGUGGGGUUGCUGCUCCCCUCCCUGAGCCCCAGUGGUCCCGGCUGUGCUGAGGAUUUGCCGAGAAGAUGGGGAGGAAAAAGAUCCAGAUCCAGCGGAUCACGGACGAGCGCAACCGGCAGGUGACCUUCACCAAGCGCAAGUUUGGCCUGAUGAAGAAAGCCUACGAGCUGAGCGUGCUGUGCGACUGUGAGAUCGCCCUCAUCAUCUUCAACCACUCCAACAAGCUGUUCCAGUAUGCCAGCACCGACAUGGACAAGGUGCUGCUCAAGUACACCGAGUACAACGAGCCCCACGAGAGCCGGACCAACGCCGACAUCAUCGAGACGUUAAGAAAGAAAGGUUUUAACGGCUGUGACAGCCCAGAGCCCGACGGCGACGACUCCAUAGACCAGAGCCCCUUGAUGGAGGAUAAAUACCGCAAAGGCAGCGAGGAUCUGGAUAUCCUGUUCAAGAGAUACGGUUCCACAGUGCCCGCUCCGAACUUCGCCAUGCCCGUGACGGUGCCAGUGACCAACCAGAACUCGCUGCAGUUCAGCAACCCUGGCAGCUCUCUGGUCACCCAGUCCCUGGUGACCUCCUCGCUGACAGACCCCCGGCUCCUGUCCCCACAGCAGCCAGCCUUGCAGAGGAACACCGUGUCCCCAGGGCUGCCACAGAGGCCAGCCAGUGCAGGGGCGAUGCUUGGGGGAGACCUGAACAACACCAACGGAGCCUGCCCAAGCCCUGUGGGGAACGGCUACGUGAGUGCCAGGGCCUCUCCGGGGCUCCUGCCCGUGUCCAACGGCAGCAGCCUGGGCAAGAUCAUCCCGGCCAAGUCCCCUCCGCCGCCGGGGGCGCACGGAGCGCAGCUGGCCCCGAGCAGCCGCAAGCCCGACCUGCGAGUCAUCACCUCGCAGGGCAGCAAGGGGCUGAUGCACCACCUGACCGAGGACCACCUGGCUCUGCAAAACACACAGCGCUUGGGUGUCUCUCAAGCAACUCACUCUCUGACCACACCAGUCGUGUCCGUGGCCACUCCGAGCCUGCUGACACAGGGGCUGCCCUUCUCUGCCAUGCCCACAGCCUACAACACAGAUUAUCAGCUGACGAGCGCUGAGCUCUCCUCGCUGCCGGCCUUCAGCUCACCUGGAGGGCUGUCCCUUGGCAACAUCUCUGCCUGGCAGCAGCAGCAGCAGCAGCAACAGCAGCAGCAGCAGCAGCAACAGCAGCAGCAGCAGCAACAACAGCAACAGCAGCAGCAGCAGCAGCAGCCGCAGCAGCAGCCGCAGCAGCAGCACCUGGUCCCGGUGUCACUAGGAAACUUAAUACAAGGGAGUCACUUAUCCCACACCACCACGUUGACUGUCAACACCAACCCCAACAUCAGCAUCAAGUCGGAGCCCGUGUCGCCCAACCGCGAGCGGAACACUGCCACCCCGCUGAGCACCUUCCCCCACCAGCCCCGCCACGAGCCCACCGGCCGCUCGCCCGUCGACAGCCUCAGCAGCAACACCAGCUCCUACGAGGGCAGCAGCGAGCGCGACGACCCCGCCCGGCCCGAUUUUGGCUCCUCGCUGGGUCUCCUGCGGGCCAGCGGCGAGCCCGAGGGGGAGAGCCCCUCCGUAAAGCGCAUGCGCUUGGAUACCUGGGUCACAUAACCAGCGAGCCGCAGAGGGGCUGGCAGAAGGGCAGGGGGAGGGUGAA